AUUUUAAUGCUGCAGGAAAAAUACCCUUCCAUCUCUUUCUGAAUGAUACUAAUAUAUCAUUCAAAAGCACACAGCAGGCAUAUGUAAUGCACAUAAGGUCAAAAGGCAUGGGGCAGAAAACCCUCCCUGCCCUGGAGGCGGGGACUUGUUGUACAAAGCCUCCUGUCAUGCCAGUGGCCAACUGGACAAGUUGGAUUUUUUUCCCCCUGUGACAUGUGCUUUAGUUGCAGCAGAAAGGAAAUGUGUCAUCUGUGGUUUGGUUUUAAAAGUGGAAAGCUAGCUGUACAUAUCCUUUUUUUUUUUCACUGCAGAUUUACUUUAAGGUUCAUAUUCUCCGAGUCUAUUCUGCUUUAAAUUACUUGGAAGCUGUGCUUCAAGACAAGAAAAGAAGUGGCUUAUUAAAAUCAGGUUAUAACCAAAUUUUGACCAAGAAUUUGUAAGGUAGGUCAUAUAUAUGGCUUUUCUUAUGCCUUUUUACUCAUAACGUUGUACAGAUUAGUGCUGAAGGAAGUGCUUUCAAAUAAUACCUAAGAAUCUUACUAAUAAAGUAGAAUCAUAAGUGAUUGAAAAUGUAUACUGUUCUUUUCUGUACUAUUAAGUAACAUUUAAGUUAGAGAUGGAAAGAUUUAUCAUCAACAUAGUUUUUAUGAGGAUUAGAAAGGAUUUGAGUUUAGACUCCACAGUGAAUUGAAAAGUUUUACUUGUUAUUUAAAAAGUUUAAAAAAUAAAGUUCUCAUUAUGAAUGCUUAGGCAUUAUAAAUUUUAUUCAAAAUGACCGGAGAUAAAGAGAACUUUUGGUAAUAUAACCUGGCUUCCAUGGCAUAAAUUGGGGACACAGAGACAGUUCUCUAUUCUCAGGCAUUUGUAAGGGCAAGAGAAAGUCUCAUUUUGUUAACAGCUUGUUUAUCUGGGAAUGACAGUACAUCUGGCCGAAGACAAUCCACAGCGGGCCUAUUAUCUACCCCGUGAUUGCCGGUAUACUCAUGGACAUGGAACACGCAGGACAUUACCUGCAUCUUGCCUUUGUGAUGACAACAGCUUUUUCUUUGUGUCCUGGAACAAAAGCAAACUAUACCCAUCUGUGGGCUAACAGUACUACUGUCUGGGAUCCAGAUAUUCAAAAUAAGACGGGCAGAAACCAAAAUGAAAACAUGAACACAAACCCUACAACUUCUGCAGUAGAUAAAAAGAGUAAUUCUACAAACAUGACUGAAAUCGCCACGUCAUCUCCUGUCCUACCUCUAACUCCUAAAUCGGAACUGGAGAUUUAUAUACCUUCUGUUGUCAGGAACAGCUCUCCAACAGUACCGAGCAUCAAAAACACAAGCAAGAGUCCCCAUGAAAUUUUCAAAAAAGGGGUCUGUGAGGAAAACAACAACAAAAUGGCUAUGCUAAUUUGCUUAAUUAUAAUUGCAGUGCUUUUUCUUAUCUGCACCCUCCUAUUUCUUUCGACUGUAGUUCUGGCAAACAAAGUCUCAUCCCUCAGACGAUCAAAACAAGUAGGCAAGCGUCAGCCGAGAACCAACGGCGAUUUUCUGGCAAGCAGUGGUCUAUGGCCUGCUGAAUCAGACACUUGGAAAAGAGCACAACAGCUCACAGGGCCCAACCUAAUGAUGCAAUCUACUGGAACUCUCACAGCUACAAGGGACAGAAAAGAUGAAGGAGGAACUGAAAAACUCACCAACUAACAGAAGCUUUAGUGAAGACAAAUGCAAAGUAGCAAUGAGAAAGCUUAUGAAGUAAAAAUGAAAUCCGUUUGGCAUUUAAUGCCACAAGUUGGUCUAAGAUCUGUUGACAUGGCAGCCUUGCAAUUUAGAAUCGAGCAGGCGAGAAGGGAAGAAGUCAGUUCACCUUCUCAAAUACUUAAACUGUGCACUUUCAUUCUGACACUGAAUAUUUUAAGAAGCAAAUAAUAAAACACCCAAGGACGUGGAGAAGGUUUUAAAGAUGAGUUGAAGGAACUAAUUAAUGGAGGUAGAAAGGAACAAUUAAAUAUUUCCUGUUCAGCAGCAGUAGUUAGAUGAUCUUUGUCUGAAUGUAAUUAAACUUUGAAGAGUUUUAAUGUGUCCUUAGAGGCAAGUAUAUGCUUCAACAUCUAACAGAAGCCAAAUUCCUAAUGCACAGAGUUGAACUGUAGUUUAACGGUGCCUCUGCUGAAUGAGACGGAAUCUGUCCCAGCUCGUAUAUCAACACAGCUAAUUUUAUGCUAGAUGUUUUCAUCUUUAAGUAUGGCACACAUAAGAAAGUGUUUUUCUACUACAAAUAUUUAAUUGAAACUUUUAAUUUUGUAUCAUAAGACUCAUUAGAAUAAAACUGACUACAUAUAUUAUUUGUAUUCAUUUUAUUAUCUUAGACAACACACUAUAAAGAUCAAUAAGAAAUAGUGCCCAACUGAAACAGGGGAGACUGGAGCCACCAAGAAGGCCAAGUGUAAACGUACAGCAUAUCUUACUGUUCAAGUGCCAUGUACCUCUAUUCUAUAAAUACUGCUUACUGGGCUAUCUAUAGCAAAUAUCCAAAGGCCGAUUAAAUUUCUGACUUCAAGGAUGCCAAGUGGCCUGACAAAUGAUCAAUUUUAUUUAUUUAUUUUUACUAUCUAAUGUGACAUGAGCAAAGGAAAGGGGUGUGUGUGUGGGGGGGGUGUGUUUGUUCUAAUUUGGAAAACGAGAUGCUCUAGGUAAUUGUUUAACCUUUCAAGAAACUGGGUUCAAGUAAGAUAAUGACUUACACUUAAAUCAAGACUUCUACCUUCAGUUAAAUGUAUUACAAAAGUUGGUUUGAGAGACUUUCCAACUUACUGCUAAAAUUGAUCAGGGCAUACUAAAGACCAAGCUAAAUUUAAAAAAUCUCAUCCCUUACUGAGCAUUUAUUUUGGGCAAUACGCUAGCCAUGUAAGAAAACAUUUUGCAUAUUUUUGCCAAGUACGAUCACAAUCUUAUUCUCCCUUUUAGGUUAGUGAUUCUCAUCUUGACUGUGUAUCAGAAUCAUCUGAAGAGCUUUUAAAACUAGCCAAAACCUAAUUCCCACCCUCUCUUUCUGAUUCAGUUGGAACGGGGGUGGCCUCCAGGCACUGGUAAUUUUUGCAUUAAUUCCCUAGGUGAUACUGCUCUUGGCCAAAUUCACUUCUUACAGGUACCAUGGCUCUAAAGAUCUAAGUUACAUCUUAAAACAAGAGGGGGAAAAAACCCCCAAGUAUCCGCUUUAUGAUCAACUUGUUACCAAUGUGUUAAAAAAUUAUAACCGUAUUACUCGAGAUAAAACUAACUGUCAAAAAGGGAAAAGGGGAAGCAAGAGAACACUCAUGCCAGUCAUGGUGAUAUCAGGUCACCUUUUGAGGGGUACAAAGGACCAGACUGGCAAAUGAAACUGAGCAGAGCUCCCAUCUUAUACAAACUAAUAAUGUGAGACUGUGUACUAGAACGAAUAGUGGUAACACAAGCAGCUCCUUGAAUCAGGGGCCAUAUAUACUUGUCAGAGGAUACUGAAAAAAAUUAGCACCUUUUUAAAAACAAGGAAUUAACUAGGUAACCACUUUUGUACUCAACAUACAGGUCAAACAAUUUCUGACGAAACAGAAAGCUUCUACUGCAGGAAUACCUAAAAUUCAUCAACUCCCUAAUUAAAUACACACUCUCAGAAUGAUGCUAUCCAAUGACAGCUCAUGAACAAACAAAAGUGGCUCCUUUUCAAACUUGACAGUGUUUAAACAUGAUACAUUAAGGUCUGUUUUGAGUUCAAAUUUUAAAAGUUAUUUUUGAACGAAGACAUUUUUGUUUCCACCCCUUGGUAUUAUGGUCCACACACUUAAUUCAGGGAUUUUAAAAUAGUGAGUCAAAAGUUUAGUGUUUUGAUUAUACUCUGCUUUAUAGUAGGACCCCUUAAAAACAGAAACUAUUCUUUUUGUACCAAGUUGUAAGUAACCUUGACAUUAAGAACGAGGUCUUAACAGUCUGGGGUCCCCUGCAGUGACCAGGGAAAAGCAGGGCAUGGCUUAAAACGUAAUGUAUCUACUGUAACAGGUGCUAUCCUAGGCACUUUACAUUUAAUCCUGGACCAGAUUUACAAGUUAGGAAUUAUGAUCUCCCUUUUUUGGAUGAGGAAAGAGGCUACAA